UGGUCGUGUUGAACGAAGGGGUUUGACAGAUGUGGAGCGCGGCCGUGAUUGGCGGACCGCGGCGCCCCUCUCGGCCCCUCCGACGGCCAUAGUCCGUGCGCCCUCGGCCGCAGCCCCAGUUGCACUUCUGGCUGUGAUUGUGAAGGUUCGAACCGACAAGGUCACACCUAGUUUUGAAGAUUAUCUCGAAGGUACAGCCGACGACAACUCACUAAACGAAAAUGCUGCUCAAGACCCAUCUCGACAUUAUCAGCAGGAACGAGCCUGUGACGAGGAAGGCCAAAUUCUGGCAGUCCUAUGUGCGCGCUCUUAAGGGCACUGAUGACAUGAAGGCCCCCGAACAAAGCCGCGCCCCCCGCAGCAUUUUCCGUCCGAUCUACUCCGAGUUCCCCGAGCUGGCGUCCAAGCUGGACACCUGGCCGCACAGCAAGUCCCUGUACGAGGACCCCGCCGUCGCCCACGAGCGCAUCAGCUCCCCCGGCUACCGCUACCAGCCCAUCUCCAGGGACACCUACGGCUACUCCCCCCGCUCCUUCCUGUACCGUGACCCCGUUCGCACCGAACCUAGAAAGCCCAAAGCCCUUCCGAACGAGACGCAAGCAUGGAACGACCACCUGGAGCGCAUGGCGGCCAUGGGCAAACUGGCCCCCUUCAGGCGCUCCAUGUCUCCGCCUCCGAGGUCACUCAGGGCGAGGUCAGCGUCGCCUGUGAGGGCGCGCUCUUCGGAGCCUUUUGAAAGGGCCUCAUCGCCCUUCGCCAGGGCUGCGUCUCCCUUCACCAGGUCCUCCUCACCCUCACCCAUUUUGGGAUACACUUAUUCAGGUUACCCUAUUUACACUCGGGAGGGCAUCAGCCGGCCCGCCCUGGUGCGCAUCAUGAGUCCCAGCCCCUAUUUGUCGGCUGCGUCGGUGGUGCGCGACCCCUGGUGGUACGCCUACCCUGAGCUGAAGCCCUUCGAGUCCGACUACGUCUACCGCUCGUCUCCGUCGUACCUGCGGAGAUCGUACUUGUCCCCGGUCAGCAACCGCUACCUUUGGAAUCAACACCCGGUCAGACCCUUCUAAACGAAAGAAAUUUGGUCCCUGCUGGAAAUACUGAACCUGCGCCUGUGACUUUGACAAUUCCCGAUACUAUGAAAGAUUUCAUAGUAAAGUGGAGAACUGAAAUUGCAGCUUGGAAUAUACUAAAAUUUCACAACUUUUUCAACAACAAUCCUGUUAACAAAAACACUGCUAAGAUAUUUUUUAACAAAACAAUGUUUAAUUUCUUCCGCUAACUGUGUAUACUUGUACAGAUAUUAAAUAAAUAAUUUUAAGAAUAUAUUAAUACACAAGAUGUUCUUUGCUAAA